AUGACGAUCCUCUCUUCCCUUCGGAGAUAUUCAGCCCCGAUUCUACUCGGUGUAGCCCUUCUCUGGACGCAGGAUUCUUGGGCCAUGUCGGCCAAAGGAUCUGGUCCCCGCAGAGAAGUUGAUUUACAGCAAAUACUGGCGAUUUUCCCUGGUCUGGACGCAAGAUACCCCGUGAUCCGUGAAAGCCCUGGCCUCUUGGAAGAUAUUACUGAUUUUCUCGAAGAAUAUGAGGAAGUCCCAAAGGAGGAGCUAGAGGCUGCUCUCCGCAGGUUCCUCUGUGAAAAGGGAUACACAGCUUUCUGCUGCAGCGCAUGCUUCACCACCACAACGACAUCUGCCCCUGUAACAGAACCGUCCACAACGGAAGCAGUUACAACUGAGCCAAGUACAACUGAGGCAUCUUCAACUGAGGCAUCCUCAACUGAGGCAUCUUCAACUGAGGCAUCCUCAACUGAGGCAUCCUCAACUGAGGCAUCCUCAACUGAAGCAUCCUCAACUGAAGCAUCUUCUACCGAGGCAUCUUCCACUCAGGGAUCAACUGAGGCAUCUUCAACCGAGGCAUCUUCAACUGAGGGAUCUUCAACUGAGGCAUCUUCCACUGAAGCAUCUUCAACUGAGGCAUCCUCCACUGAGACAUCUUCAACCGAGGCGUCUUCUACCGAAGCAUCCUCAACUGAGGCAUCUUCAACUGAAGCAUCUUCAACUGAAGCAUCCUCAACUGAGGCGUCUUCGACUGAGGCAUCUUCAACUGAAGCAUCUUCGACUGAAGCAUCUUCGACUGAGGCAUCCUCAACUGAGGCAUCUUCCACUGAGGCAUCUUCUACCGGGGCAUCUUCAACUGAAGCAUCUUCAACUGAGGGAUCUUCAACUGAGGGAUCUUCAACUGAGGCAUCUUCCACUGAGGCAUCUUCCACUGAGGCGUCUUCCACUGAGGCAUCUUCAACUGAAGCAUCUUCAACUGAAGCAUCUUCAACUGAAGCAUCUUCAACUGAAGCAUCUUCAACUGAAGCAUCUUCAACUGAAGCAUCAACUGAGGGAUCUUCAACUGAGGGAUCUUCAACUGAGGCAUCUUCAACUGAGGCAUCUUCAACUGAAGCGUCUUCGACUGAAGCAUCUUCGACUGAAGCAUCUUCGACUGAGGCAUCUUCCACUGAGGCAUCUUCCACUGAGGCAUCUUCCACUGAGGCAUCUUCUACCGGGGCAUCUUCAACUGAAGCAUCUUCAACUGAAGCAUCUUCAACUGAAGCAUCUUCAACUGAGGGAUCUUCAACUGAGGGAUCUUCAACUGAGGCAUCUUCGACUGAGGCGUCUUCCACUGAGGCAUCUUCAACUGAAGCAUCUUCAACUGAAGCAUCUUCAACUGAAGCGUCUUCAACUGAAGCGUCUUCAACUGAAGCGUCUUCAACUGAAGCGUCUUCAACUGAAGCGUCUUCAACUGAAGCGUCUUCAACUGAAGCGUCUUCAACUGAGGCAUCUUCGACUGAGGCAUCUUCAACUGAAGCAUCGUCGACUGAAGCAUCUUCAACUGAGGCAUCUUCCACAGAAGCUUCGUCCACUGAAGCUUCGUCCACUGAAGCUUCGUCCACUGAAGCUUCGUCCACUGAAGCUUCGUCCACUGAAGCUUCGUCCACUGAAGCUUCGUCCACUGAAGCCUCAUCUACUGAAGCCUCAUCUACUGAAGCCUCAUCUACUGAAGCCUCAUCUACUGAAGCCUCAUCAACUGAGGGGUCUUCAACUGAGGGAUCUUCAACUGAAGCAUCUUCAACUGAGGCAUCUUCAACUGAGGCAUCUUCAACUGAGGUAUCUUCAACUGAGGGAUCUUCAACUGAAGCCUCAUCUACUGAAGCCUCAUCUACUGAAGCCUCAUCUACUGAAGCCUCCUCUACUGAAGCCUCCUCUACUGAAGCCUCCUCUACUGAAGCCUCCUCUACUGAAGCAUCUUCAACUGAGGCAUCUUCAACUGAGGGAUCUUCAACUGAAGCCUCAUCUACUGAAGCCUCAUCUACUGAAGCCUCAUCUACUGAAGCCUCAUCUACUGAAGCCUCAUCUACUGAAGCCUCGUCUACUGAAGCCUCGUCUACUGAAGCCUCGUCUACUGAAGCCUCGUCUACUGAAGCCUCGUCUACUGAAGCCUCGUCUACUGAAGCCUCGUCUACUGAAGCCUCGUCUACUGAAGCCUCUUCAACUGAAGCCUCUUCAACUGAGGCAUCUUCAACUGAGGCAUCUUCAACUGAGGCAUCUUCAACUGAGGCAUCUUCAACUGAGGCAUCUUCAACUCAAGCGUCGAGCACCGAAGCGUCGAGCACCGAAGCGUCGAGCACCGAAGCGUCGAGCACCGAAGCGUCGAGCACCGAAGCGUCGAGCACCGAAGCGUCGAGCACCGAAGCGUCGAGCACCGAAGCGUCGAGCACCGAAGCGUCGAGCACCGGAUCGUGCAGCACCCAAGCAUCGACUACCGAACCGUCCACCACUGAGCCAUCUUCUAAACUGUGCACAACCAGCGUCGCAGAGCCGGAACCCUGUAAAAUCACCGUCACUACCACCAUCGACUGCUUUGUCUCUUUCCUCUACAAGAUUCUCCCCAUCUUGAGGCCUAAUGAAGCCGAAGCACUCACUUCCCACCUGAGAGGAGGCCGUGCAUGA